AACUCCCCUAAAUGUUUUAGAAUGUGUACGAUAGAUUUUUGCCACAUAGUCACAAUACUAGAACACCACCGUGUCAAGAAGAGCCUUGUGAUGUUAUUCAGACAGGCCUGAAUGUCUCAACGUGCAACCUGUUUUCUUUUCCAAAGGAGAGGGUUUUUGUCAUCCGUGAGUUCUCACACAAGGAAACAGCGGCAACACGUUUUGUCUUGUAUGAAUACGAAUAACUUGUGGCCUGUAUCUUGCCCUCAAAAAAAAGGCGGUGCUUAUCAACUUUCCAACAUUCCUUAACUGUGAAAGGCUGUAUAAAGCUCCUUUAUGGCACUGGUUAUUCAAAAAGCUUUUACAUUAUGUCGAUUUAAUACUAGGCAGCUACAGAUUCUGCAUCUUACUUUCAAACUUCUCUCCCAGUUCUAACAAAUACUGAGGAUUAGAAUCUUUGAGAAUUGACUCUGUUAACAAUUUUAAAAUUUGUUUUACAAUGGUUGUUUUGCUUUGUUUUAAAAGCUACUUGACUGGUUAAAAAUAUGUCAGUGUUGAUAGCUGGCUAAAUAGGUCUGUUUGUGGUGUUUGUUGAUAUGGCUUGAAUAUGGCUUUCUAAUUACAUUUUACAAAGCAAAGAAACAGACAAAACCAAACCAAAACAAACCUUUGAUUCUGACUGCAGAACUGAAGUUACCAGAUGGAAGAAAGAGCUUGCAAGAGAGCAUGAGUCUUCUUAUGAUCAGUGAGAAUGUAAAAUUGGCUCGUGAAUAUGCGUUGCUGGGAAACUAUGACUCUGCGAUGGUCUAUUAUCAGGGUGUGCUUGACCAAAUGAACAAAUACCUAUACUCAGUCAAAGACACGUACCUUCAGCAGAAAUGGCAACAGGUUUGGCAGGAAAUAAAUGUGGAAGCUAAACAUGUUAAGGAUAUCAUGAAAACAUUAGAGAGCUUUAAACUUGACAGCACACCACUGAAAGCUGCACAACAUGAGCUUCCAGCUUCGGAGGGAGAGGUCUGGUCAUUGCCUGUGCCUGUUGAACGAAGACCCUCACCAGGACCUAGGAAGCGCCAGUCCUCUCAGUACAGUGACCCUAAACCACACGGUAACCGUCCAGGUACAACUGUCAGAGUUCACCGUCCAUCUGCACACAACCUGCACAAUGACAGAGGGAAAGCUGUUCGUUGUCGGGAAAAGAAAGAACAGAAUAAAGGAAGAGAGGAAAAGAACAAAUCACCUGCUGCAGUUACAGAACCAGAGACAAAUAAAUUUGAUAGUACUGGCUAUGAUAAGGAUUUAGUAGAAGCUUUGGAAAGAGAUAUAAUUUCUCAGAAUCCCAAUGUUCGAUGGGAUGAUAUUGCAGAUUUAGUAGAAGCUAAAAAGUUGCUUAAAGAAGCCGUGGUAUUACCAAUGUGGAUGCCGGAAUUCUUUAAGGGCAUUAGGAGACCAUGGAAAGGAGUGUUGAUGGUUGGCCCACCUGGCACAGGCAAGACCCUCCUUGCUAAAGCAGUAGCUACAGAAUGCAAGACAACAUUCUUCAAUGUCUCUUCUUCAACACUGACUUCCAAAUACAGGGGAGAGUCUGAGAAGCUUGUUCGUCUUCUGUUCGAAAUGGCUCGAUUUUAUUCUCCAGCAACCAUAUUUAUUGAUGAGAUAGAUUCCAUUUGUAGUCGCAGAGGGACUUCUGAAGAGCAUGAAGCAAGCAGAAGGGUGAAAGCUGAGCUGCUGGUUCAAAUGGAUGGUGUUGGAGGUGCUUCUGAAAAUGAUGACCCUUCCAAAAUGGUUAUGGUUCUGGCAGCUACUAAUUUUCCAUGGGAUAUAGAUGAGGCUUUAAGACGACGUCUUGAAAAAAGAAUCUAUAUUCCAUUACCAUCAGCAAAAGGCAGAGAGGAGCUAUUACGGAUAAGUCUUCGUGAGCUGGAAUUGGCUGAUGAUGUUGACCUUGCAAGAAUAGCAGAAAAUAUGGAAGGUUAUUCAGGUGCAGAUAUUACCAAUGUGUGCAGGGAUGCAUCCUUGAUGGCAAUGAGAAGGCGUAUUGAAGGUUUGACCCCAGAAGAAAUCCGAAAUCUUUCUAGAGAAGAAAUGCACAUGCCUACAACUAUGGAAGAUUUUGAAAUGGCUUUAAAAAAGGUUUCCAAGUCAGUAUCAGCCGCAGACAUUGAAAGAUAUGAGAAAUGGAUAUUUGAGUUUGGAUCAUGCUAAAUUCUCACACAUAAGCUGUGAGAAACCUGCCUUAAGUGUUUGGAUAAUAAUUAAAUGUAGUAUUUCAUUGCACCGAGUGCUAUAUUUUUUUAAACUUUCAUAAUGGUAAGAUUUUUUUAAAACCCUUAUGAUUCUGAAUAAAGGCAAUUUUUCAAAGCUGCCAAGCAUAUUGUAUUGCUUCAACAUUACCUAUUUUUUUUUCACUGACCACAAAUGUCGCAACACAAAUGCUGUCACUUAGCCAGGAAAACUGUCUCCAUAUGCACCUCCGAGCAGAGUGACUUCCCUUCUGGCUCUAGCUGCUGUUCCUGCUAGGGAAUGACUGCUUCCAGCGCCGUGGGCGCCAGUGGAUGACUGCAAGUCCUUAACAUUUUUACCAAUUAGGGCAAGAACCAUGCCCAGAGUGCCUGCCUUCCUGCCUGGUGUGAGGGUAGUUUUCCUUCUCCAGAGACCUUUAAAGAUGCGUUUUAUUGUGCAUCUGAAGGGGGGAAAAAUACACACCCACAACCUUACUUGACUUUAUUCUGCCUACACAAGAGGUUGUAUUACAGGCAAGUAGACAUUUCUGUGCCUGUGCUGCUCACUGUGCUGAUGAAACGCAUUUAACCCAUUUACCAUCUCAGCCAUGGAAGGGUUAAGACAGUGCCUGGCCUGGCCCCAUGUCCCACUAGUGAGAAGGCAGAACUGGAGUCUGCUGAUGGCACAGCCUCUCCUCCGUAAGUGGCCAUGGAACCUCCUACAUUGUUCUCACUAGAACCUGCAAGUUUAUACUGAGAGGAUGUUGUAAGACCCUGUCAGCCUAUGGAUAACAAGUGAUUUCAUGUAUACAGAGACAACACAGGAAAAGCACUUGAAUUGGAGGGGGGUGGAGCAUGCAAAGUGGACCAGCAUGUGCUGGCCUGAUCGGGCAGCUGGAUCAAUCCUUUUAGCUACUGCAUGGAGACCAGACCUGAAGAGAGCCUGCGCAGAAGCAGAGGACCACACGGGAGACAGUGAUCAUCUGGUAAAGUACCAGGACCAGUUAUCUAGCUGCUUCCCGACACACCCAAGGAAUCCCAAAGGCACCUCAACCUUAAUCUGUCCAAACCUGACCUGUGUUCCACAAGUUUGCCCCCUUUCUUUAUUAUCUGCAUCUGUGAAUGACACCAUCAUCUCUCCAAACUUCCUAGCCAAAAAUUCCUUAAGGUGUUUGUA